AUGCUCACCACGCACAGCCACGCGGUCCCCAGCGCUGUUGGGAAACCUUUUUUGGAGCUCGUCGAGGAAGCUUCAGCGGAUGAGGUUAAGAGGGUGCUGAAGUUGGCACUGCAAGGUCAUGCACCCCGUGGGGAAAGGAUGGAUUGGGUUAUGCACGAGUAUCAGAUUCUUGAUCAGCAGUUAGCCGCCGAAUGGAUUCAAAAUAUUUUACAGGAUGCAUAUGUGUUAUAUGAACUCUUGCAAAAGAGGUCCAGGCCCACGGGAUCCUUACUUUUGAAGCAAGGUACUCCUUGGCGAGGUAUUCGGGGUUGGAAAACCCUGCUGCCGUCUCAAGAAUCGAGAAUCGUUUUGAAACUCGGUAGUUUGCUGAACAAGGCUGUGACAGGUCAGGAUUUGGCAAGUUGCCGUAUGGUAUUUGGAUUGGAGUUGGUGGAGUUUAAGGUGUCCGAGGUGUUGAUUGCUGCCGUUAGUCAAAUAAUGAUGAAGAGUAACUCAAAGGGUAUUAUGAUAGUAGACAAUUUGCCCCCAAAUCUUGAUAAGGAGACUCUGGAUGGGAAUUCUGUGAGGCUGCAGCAAAUCCUGGCUGCUUUCUUGGUGGUAUCCGUUAAUUACACGCCGAGCUGGGGGCAGCUUGCUGUUGCAGCCACUUUGAGGAAAGAUUAUAUUGGGGAAUCAGUUCAGCUGGCUCAUUUCGGAUUCAGAUAAACGUGCUAUUGAUGUGGGAAUGACAGACCAACCAACUGGUGGGUGGCAAGGUUUAUGAUGUCGAUAUCAGGAUGACAUAGUACCCUCUAUCCGACAUUCAUCUUGUUUCAUUACCGUGUUCUUGAAUUUUGUGAGACAUAUGAAUAUGGUGAAGUUUUCAAAAGUUGUUGCACUUUCAAUCCCAGAGGUUGUCGAUUUGGAUUCGACUGAAGGUGUUUGAUGACGUAGAUAUGCUGGUGUUAUAGCAAUGCGUCACAUGGAGACGUUCA